GCACCCCCGAACCGCGCCUACGAGGUCCCGCUCCUAACCAUCACCCCGGCCCCCGACCCGGCCUUCGCAUCGCACCGUCUCCUCCGCGCUCGCCAAGGCGACCCGCGGUCCUCGGACGGCCGCACGAACUUCAUCGCGUGGUACUCCCAGUCCGGCGCCUGGGUCUCGGCGACAUGUCCGGCAGACAACUACUUUGCUGCGGAUAGCAGGUUUGGAGUAUGUUGCCCGCGGAAUAAUCCCUACUGCGAGAUGGCGACGUCGUGUGGUGGGCCGUUUGGGAACUAUGCUGUUGGGCCGACUGGGCAGGCAGAC